AUGGCUCAGGCAUUCUCAACUGCCCUUGACAGUGCCUUUUCCCUAGACUCGGAUGUGACCGAGCUGUCCCAGAGUGUGGACAACAAGAGAUACAAAAUGAUGAUCCAGAAUAAGGAACUGGAAGAACUCCAGACCAGGAUCCGUGAGGCCGAAGAACGGCUAAAGUCCCGCCAAUCCGUCGCAUUGCCGGGGAGCGGUUCACGAAACCCCCCGCCCCAGACCGGCGACUACCAACAAUCCGCUUCGUCCACGUCAGCGACCACAUCCCCCACGGAUACCGCAGGCCAGUACUCCAGCGGGGAUGAGCAGCGAUACCAGCAUGCCCCCCGCCAUUCGUGA